AUGGGCCCCUCCAUGGCCCCUCCCAUCGGCCCCUCCCACCACCCCUCCCAUGGGCCCCUCCCAUGGCCCCUCCCACCACCCCUCCCAUGGGCCCCUCCCACCACCCCUCCCAUGGGCCCCUCCCAUGGUCCCUCCCACCACCCCUCCCAUGGGCCCCUCCCACCACCCCUCCCAUGGGCCCCUCCCAUCGGCCCCUCCCACCACCACCAACCGUUCACACCAGACUCAGAACAUGAGGUGAAAAGGUCCUGUGUGGAUGUGGCAACGCGGCCGGAGCGUGCGGAUGUGGCAACACGGCCGGAGCGUGCGGAUGUGGCAACACGGCCGGAGCGUGCGGAUGUGGCAACACGGCCGGAGCGUGCGGAUGUGGCAACACGGCCGGAGCGUGCGGAUGUGGCAACACGGCCGGAGCGUGCGGAUGUCGCAACACGGCCGGAGCGUGUGGAUGUGGCAACACGGCCGGAGCGUGUGGAUGUGGCAACACGGCCGGAGCGUGUGGAUGUGGCAACACGGCCGGAGCGUGUGGAUGUGGCAACACGGCCGGAGCGUGUGGAUGUGGUAACACGGCCGGAGCGUGUGGAUGUGGCAACACGGCCGGAGCGUGAGGAUGUGGCAACACGGCCGGAGCGUGCGGAUGUGGCAACACGGCCGGAGCGUGCGGAUGUGGCAACACGGCCGGAGCGUGCGGAUGUGGCAACACGGCCGGAGCGUGCGGAUGUGGCAACACGGCCGGAGCGUGCGGAUGUGGCAACACGGCCGGAGCGUGCGGAUGUGGCAACACGGCCGGAGCGUGCGGAUGUGGCAACACGGCCGGAGCGUGCGGAUGUGGCAACACGGCCGGAGCGUGCGGAUGUGGCAACACGGCCGGAGCGUGCGGAUGUGGCAACACGGCCGGAGCGUGCGGAUGUGGCAACACGGCCGGAGCGUGCGGAUGUGGCAACACGGCCGGAGCGUGUGGAUGUGGCAACACGGCCGGAGCGUGCGGAUGUGGCAACACGGCCGGAGCGUGUGGAUGUGGCAACACGGCCGGAGCGUGUGGAUGUGGCAACACGGCCGGAGCGUGUGGAUGUGGCAACACGGCCGGAGCGUGCGGAUGUGGCAACACGGCCGGAGCGUGCGGAUGUGGCAACACGGCCGGAGCGUGCGGAUGUGGCAACACGGCCGGAGCGUGCGGAUGUGGCAACACGGCCGGAGCGUGCGGAUGUGGCAACACGGCCGGAGCGUGCGGAUGUGGCAACACGGCCGGAGCGUGCGGAUGUGGCAACACGGCCGGGAGCGUGCGGAUGUGGCAACACGGCCGGAGCGUGCGGAUGUGGCAACACGGCCGGAGCGUGCGGAUGUGGCAACACGGCCGGAGCGUGCGGAUGUGGCAACACGGCCGGAGCGUGCGGAUGUGGCAACACGGCCGGAGCGUGUGGAUGUGGCAACACGGCCGGAGCGUGCGGAUGUGGCAACACGGCCGGAGCGUGUGGAUGUGGUAACACGGCCGGAGCGUGUGGAUGUGGCAACACGGCCGGAGCGUGUGGAUGUGGUAACACGGCCGGAGCGUGUGGAUGUGGUAACACGGCCGGAGCGUGCGGAUGUGGUAACACGGCCGGAGCGUGCGGAUGUGGUAACACGGCCGGAGCGUGCGGAUGUGGUAACACGGCCGGAGCGUGUGGAUGUGGCAACACGGCCGGAGCGUGUGGAUGUGGCAACACGGCCGGAGCGUGCGGAUGUCGCAACACGGCCGGAGCGUGUGGAUGUGGCAACACGGCCGGAGCGUGUGGAUGUGGUAACACGGCCGGAGCGUGCGGAUGUGGUAACACGGCCGGAGCGUGUGGAUGUGGCAACACGGCCGGAGCGUGUGGAUGUGGUAACACGGCCGGAGCGUGUGGAUGUGGUAACACGGCCGGAGCGUGUGGAUGUGGUAACACGGCCGGAGCGUGUGGAUGUGGUAACACGGCCGGAGCGUGCGGAUGUGGUAACACGGCCGGAGCGUGCGGAUGUGGUAACACGGCCGGAGCGUGCGGAUGUGGUAACACGGCCGGAGCGUGUGGAUGUGGUAACACGGCCGGAGCGUGUGGAUGUGGUAACACGGCCGGAGCGUGUGGGAUUUUUCAGCUCGUCCAUAAAAAAAAACUCAGACUAAUGACGAAAGCUUUAAACUGCGGCUCUGUUAUUGUGAUGCAGGAAAAGCACUUGUGUUAUUGCUCCGUGUUGGCGACGGUCCAGAGGAGAAUGUGUGGCCGUCUGGGAUCAAACCUGUCUCAGACGUCUGAGACAGGUUUGUGCCGUGUCACCUGGGGAGCCCUGGACCCCCCCUCGGCCCGGGACGCCAUUGUUCUGAGUCAGUGUGAGAUUCAAACGGAUCUGGCCCCGAGUCCGAGUCCUGCAACAAUCACAAUAAUCCAUCACAGGGAAAGGAGAGAGUGGGCUCAGACACGGCACGAGGAGGGUGGAGGGAGGGGGGGGGGGCUGGACAGUGGUGUUUGGCAGGUGGUGUGGGUGGAGGCUGGAGUGUAG